AUGUCCAGCUCUUCGGAGCUGUUUCUUUUCCCAUCUUGUUUUGGGGCCCUUGACUGGUCGCCAGAUGGAGAACUUGCCGUGGCCGCAGGUGACCAAGUUCAAAUUAUGGUUGAAGACCCUAAGCAAGGGGACCACAAUGGCUGGCAAAUCACCCGCAUUCCCAAGGUCAAUGUAUUCACGGUUGCUGAGUGGGGCAUGGUUUACCCGCAAAACCGUGAUGACUUUUCAAUUGCCGUGGAGCAAUCAUCGAGUACGGUGAUAGGCCUUUCAUGGUCGCCGCCAGGGCUAGCUCGAUACCGGCGGAGUGCCUUGGCAAUCUGGACCUCCAACCUGAUUCUUUCCUUAUGGGAACCGGUUGGAAUCAACGGCCAGUGGGCUCGAGUCAGCAUCGUGAACAACGCUCUACAUCCGAAUCCCAAAAUUUCCCAAGAUCUUGGUGGCAUUGACCUUCGCAAAUCAAGUAUCCGCUCUUUCCACUGGUGCUCACCUCUUCGAGUACCGGCCGAUGGAUCUAAAUCGGCAACAGUACCCGAGUCUCGUUGGGGUGUCCAGAUACUGGCCAUAGCGAAUGAUGCUAACGAGGUGGCUCUACUUCGAAUUCACCGACCAACUGGGCUACAAGCUUCAUCGGAUGCAUACGUAAUCACCCAGUUGGCCACUUAUCCCCUAUGCGGAGGUGAAAAGCAAUUCGGCGUAUCUUGCCCCGGCUCGCUUCUGCAGGAUGCACUUCGAUCUAAAGCGCGGAUCACGUCAAUCAAGUGUGGUCCAUGGGUGAGUUUAUCCAGUAUCUCGGGAAAUGGCCAUGUACAUUCCGCAAGAACUGUAAUUGCGGCUGUCUAUGGAACAGAGCUGCAGAUCAUACAGGCCACUGUUGCAAUAGGAGAGUCAGACCAAGAGGUGGAGGUUACGCCUCGAUACGAAGCCAUGGUGGAGGUCAAAGCACACCCGUUACGUCCAUCUGACAGUUCGACUCAAAGGGUGACAGGACCUCUUGAAUUUUUACAUACUAAAAAGAAGGGUUUUCAUAUACUGAGAAGUUCUCCAACUGACUCACUACAGCAGGGACAAUCGGAAAAUCUCGUUCUGGCCGUAGGAAUCAUUGGUGGCGUUCUCACGGUAUCCUUACCCUGGUCCGUGUGUGAUGGCAGUGAAACAAGUAUUUCCGCAAUAAAGAGUCAACGAUGGCCUUGCUCGUCCUUACCUACUCCGGAGGAUGAGCCGUGGCCUCGGAAUUUGGAGCCUGUUUCAAGCUUCGUUGUGACAUCAGAUGAACGAAAUAGAACAUGUACCCUUCAAAUGGGUACUCUAGGUGGUCUGGGUGCUAGCUUAACGCUUGGCCAAUCAGGGGAUCUUGAGCCGUGGCAAGUUCCACUCUGGAUGAAAGUGGUUGAAGAAUUUCGGGAGGACUAUGACUUGAGUCAUGACUUGGGAGGGCAUACUGCUGCUCGUGUUUGGGGUUUGUCAACGUACCGUGGUCUCACUGCGGUCAUUUUCACCAGACAUCCGACAGAUAUGGUUGAGUACCGUGUGGCUUCAAACGAGAGAUCAAUGGUAGUUUUCACCGACGAAGGAACCAAGCAAGCCCCGGAUUUCCAUACCCUGUUCACUCCGCAUUCGGUGGACAGCGAACCGCAGUUUGCUCUUGACCAACGAGGAAAGGCUAUAUUGUCUGUGCUCGGUAGCGUGGAACAAGAUGUGGGAUCAAGCAAGGAGGAUCAAACACUUUUGUACGCCGCAGCGUGCUCCGCGAUAGUGGAUAGACAUAGCGACUUUAUUCGUUCUCAAGCUCAGAAUUGCUUAGAGCAACUAGCAAAAAGUACGGGGGCGGAUUUGAGCGAAGAAAUCUCGAAAUUUUCUAGCCUUGAGUCCUCGAACAUAUCAUCCAAGCCAAUUGAUCAGCAGAAGAUGCCUGGCGGUCAUAUGUUUGAAUAUUGUGAGAUUUGUGACGCAGGCCUCGCUUGGGAUUCUGUGAAGGAAGCAAAAUGUGCAAAUGGGCAUCUCUUUGCACGGUGUGCCCUAAGCUUCAUGGCAAUACAGGAGCCCGGGAUAUCCAAGUAUUGCCCAAUUUGCCGAGCGGAAUACUUUGAUGAAGAUAUUCUUGCUCGUGUGCGUCAUCGCCAUGUUGGCCCAAAGUUUAUGCAACUUUUCGAGGCGUAUGAUACCUGCAUCUACUGUGAUACAAAAUUUCAGACCAGCGUUUAG